AUGUCACAACAGGGUAUGAUGUCAAGCCAUGGCUCGAUCAAUCGCCCACCACCUAUUGCAUCGCCUCCAAAAGUUUUGGAUAGCUACGUACCUGGAACGAUUGUAAUAGUUGGUAUCCAUAAGGUUGAGGUUGUUAAAUAUUUAGCUGAAGGUGGGUUUGCUAAGAUAUAUGUUGUCAAGUUUCUGGAGUACUUGAGUACUGUGGAUCCAAAUGGUAAAGAGGUGUUACAGAAUGGAGAUCAGUUGUGUUUGAAGAGAGUCUUGGUUCAAGAUGAUAAUGGAUUGAAUGAGAUGAGAAAUGAAGUAGAAGUAAUGAGAAAGUUGAAAGGUGCUCCAUGUGUGGUUCAAUAUUACGAUUCUAAUGCGUCUCGUAGAAUAGACGGUGCACCAGGAUACGAAGUCUUGUUAUUAAUGGAGCUUUGUUCAAAUAAUUCAUUACUGGAUUAUAUGAAUCAGAGAUUGGCUACGAAAUUAAGUGAAGAUGAAAUUUUGAAGAUUAUGUUUGAUGUAACUUUGGCAGUCGCUCAAAUGCAUUAUUUGCCUUCCCCGUUAAUUCAUAGAGAUAUUAAGAUUGAAAAUGUUCUAGUUGAUUCAAAGAAUAAUUUUAAACUAUGUGAUUUUGGCUCAACAUCUACGUGUCUGCCGAUUGUAUCAAGUCAUCAGGAUAUUGCCAUAUUGACACAAAACAUCUAUGUACACACAACACCUCAAUAUAGGUCACCUGAAAUGAUUGAUUUAUACAGGUGUUUACCUGUAAAUGAAAAAUCAGACAUUUGGGCAUUAGGUGUAUUUCUUUACAAAUUGAUGUUUUAUACAACUCCCUUUGAAAGAACUGGACAAUUUGCAAUUUUGCAUUCAAAAUACGAAUUCCCAUUGAAUAAUUAUUCCUCAAAGUUGAUCAACCUUAUUAUUGUCAUGCUAGCCGAAAAUCCAAAUUUAAGACCUAAUAUCUAUCAGGUUUUGAAUCAAAUUUGUUAUAUCUCGGGAAUAAAAAACCCUAUGGAUGAUGCAUAUGGAUUGGGUGCGUAUAGCUUUGAAAAAUAUACCGAAUAUCAAUCGAAACUACAGAAUUAUCAAAAUCAAAUGUAUCAAAUUCAAGUUCGCAAAAUUAAAAAUCAUGGGUUGUUGAAUCCUGGUGACGAUAUGCUACUAGAUGAUUUGUUUAUUAAUUCAUUCGAAGUUGCAUCCAAAGUUCCAGUUAGCAUUGGUGAACAUAGAACUCAACCAAUGAUUCCCUUUCCUGGUCAAGAAAACACUCAGAACAUGGAACAAAAUGCAAUAAAUGGAGGUCAAAUGUCUGAAAAUAAUGGUACAAAUGUAGCACCGGAAACUUCUGGCAAAGCCAGUGAAAAUCCUACUGUAACAGAUGAUAAGGUUUCACCUCCAAUAGAGAAUGAGACCAAGCCUUCAGAUUCAAAUGAAAUUGAGAAUUCGGCAUCUUUAAAUGAAGAAAGUUCGGAAGUUGUAGUUGAUGCUCAAAGUUAUAAUAUUUCAAGUAGUCGUCAAUCGAGUUUUGUUAAUAUUAAUAAUUACACAAAUAAUAGCUCAAUCUCAUCGACAAUGCAACAUUCUAAUUUGAAUAAUAUCCCUGCGAGAUCGACGGUUGAAAUAAAAUCAUCGGAUGAGCUAUCAACUAGUUCUACAGCGAAGAGAGAACAUUUAUCAAGUAAUCCAUUCCCUCGUUUGAAUACGGAUGUCAACGUUGCAUCAAGUACAAAUGUGAACCCGAGUAAUAUGUCUAUUGAUUCGAGAAUCCCAUCUCAAACUUUAGGUCAAUCACCGCCCCCAUCGCUACCACAAAGCAAUCCUAUUCCAAUCAUUCAACAAGGAUAUCAAGGUAUGUUUCCUUCAAGUCCAACUAAUGGUCAACCGUUAAAACAUGUGAUAUCUAGCGAUUCAAUUGCAUCUACAAUGUCAAGUACAAUCUUCCAAACUCCACAGGGUCCAAUUGUAGCCCCAAAUAUGGUUGAGAUGUCUGUGAAAACACAAUUACAGAGUUCGAUUAACAAUUCGGCUAAAACAACACCGACAGAAGACACUACAACAGCAUCUGGUAUCCAGCCUCCACCACCUGCAUUUACUGCUGUCUCUCAGAAUAUAAUUGAAUCCGGGUCGGAAAAGAACAUGGAUCUGAAUUUGAACGAAAAGGUUGAAGAGAUCAAGGUAAACGAUGAUUCUGCGCCAUUAAUCGAUCUUACACCAGCAACCAGUGGGGUAGAAAUGCAAGGCGGAUUAUUAGGAGACAAUAUUGGGACUGAUCUUAUAAGCGACGGACAAGGUAUAACUCAUAAUAAUAUCGAAACAAAUGACAACGAUAACGAUGCUGAAAUCGUUAAUGAAAGCAUUGAAAUUGACUUUGAUCAAAUUCGAUUAGAUGAUCAAUCAAGUCACAAUACAGCUACCUUACAACUACAAGAUCAAAUAGAUAGAGUAAAUUCAGGGACUCCAUCUUCAUCAACCACGCAUUUAGGAACACCCGCAGAUAACAAUGUUAAUACACAAAUGUCAGUUCCUUGA